AUGUGCUACUCUUGCAACAACAAAGGAUAUUUCUCUAGCCGAUGCAAAGACGGCAGAGGUCCUAUGGCAAGGAGGGAAACGGACGAACUUGAGAUGGCAAGGCCUACGCAGAACUAUAGGCCUGUAACUCCUGCUCGUCCGGUUUCACGUCUUCCUAGUCACCUAGAGGCUCGAGCAUCCUCCUCAAUCCGCUCUGAUGGCAGCUCCAGUCGGGCAACCUCCAGACAGGGUAUAUCAAGUCAGCCUGUCUCUACCCAGACUCCCUCCAACCGGCCUAUUUCCAGCCAGGCUAUUUCCAGUCGUGCUAGCUCCAGCCGUGCUAGCUCCAGCCGUGCUAGCUCCAGCCAGGCCAGCUACUUGCCACAGGCACAAACGAAUAUUCAGUACGAACCGUCCAUCAUGUCUGUUGAGUCUCAAGAAGCACUUGUCAACGGCUUGAUGUCGUUCAGAUUCGAGAUCAAAGAUAUGGGUGCCCGUAUUGAAUACCUGAUUGCUCUCAGGAAGCGGCUCUCCCAUAAACAGAAGAAGAUCGUUAAUGAAGAGUAUGAGCAGGCAAUGAACUCCCCGUCUAUGAUUGUGCUUUAUGAGGUGUACAAACAGGCGGCGAAUCACGCUACCGAUUGCAAGAACGCUGUUGAUCAGAGAAUGGCUCAGUAUAACAACAGGUUCCUCCAUGCGCCCCCUGAAGCCCAGAUGGAGAUAUAUGAGUUGCAAGAGAAAUGGAUCCAGGCGACAAUCAAUACUGCCGAGCAACGACUGGACUACCUACAGCACUACCCAUUCGCCUAUCAAAACAGAGACGCUAUCCGGGGGCACAUCACUGCAGCAGAGGAUUCAAUGAAAGGGGCCUUGGGAGCGCUAAAGGAGGUAGACAGGAACAAGAGGGCCAGUGUCAUGUUUGAGGAAGGCAGCCAUUAUGUUCUUGAGAACAGCAUUGUCUUGGUGUAUGGAUUACAUGACGUCACUUACCAAGACGUCCAACAAGCCUGCGACUUCGCAACCGAGACUUAUGCAAAGAAGAUCUUGAACUGGCCAAACGGAAGACUCGAGAAGCCAGAUAUCUUCAAAGCUGAGAGCCACGAUGGACAGCUGACAGAUUCCAACAAUUGCUUUGAACGAUUUGUUGGCCAUCUGCAUGACGUCUUUGAAACGUCAUCACGCAAAAACUUGCCCAGCUACCCUCACGCGUUCGUUGUGAUGGACGGAAGCUGCUUGGAGAAGGAUGUGACUGCUGUUCUGGUUCUUGCGCUUAAGCCGGAGGAUGAAUAG